AUGGCCCUCAGCAUUCGUUUGCUGACAUUCAGCCGUGGCUAUGCCACCCGACCAGGCGGUUCUCGUCUCAAGCCAACAUUAAGUCUCGACCAGUUCGUUCAAAGAGGUCGAGUCUUGGCUUUCUACCGCACUAUCCUCCGCGGGACAAAAAAGAUUGCUGAUCCUACAACAAGAGCCGAGUCUCGAAAAUACGCCCGCGACGAAUUUGAACGGCGUCGCAACGUAACAGACGCUUCACACGUUCGAUAUCUCCUCUCAAUUGGCAAGACGGAAUGGGAAGGCAUGGAGAGGUAUAUCGAUGGUAUGUAG